AGAAUCGAAAGGUGUAAAUCGUUUUUAGGAAAAAUUAACUCAAAAUAGGAGUGGCUUCACUCUGCCCUUGGCGAAGUUGAUUUUCCUAUUGUUUUUCUGUUCUGCCAAACAAGCCCUAAGAGGAAAGAUGAGCGAAAAGUCAAAUUCCGAAGCUUUUGCUUCGGAUCUUCUGAAACAAUUUCUCUAUAUUCUGGAAUCCGAUCCACUCAUUGAUGAAGUAGGGUUCAUUCAUCCAUCACAGUUUGCCGCUUUGAAAGAAGAGGCAGGUGGUUCCCUCAGCUCAUCUGGAGGUGGAGCUUCGCAAUCACAAAAUGCUUUGAAUAAUGAAAUUACUGAUUUUUGGAUUAGAGAUCAUAAGUUGGGCAUUUCGACGCAAAUUGUUAUUUCAUUGUACAAGGCAGCUAAAAAUGCAUUUAUGGAUCUGCAUAGGCAAUAUAAGACAUCCAACAAUGAGACUCUUGAAAAUGUGGUUAUGAUUCAUAGCAGGGCUCUUUUGUUGCUUAGCUGUGAUUUUGGCACUGCUUGGAAUUCCAGGAAGUUAAUUGCAUCAAAGAAGCAGCUCCUGCCAAUAUUUAUGGAUGAACUUCGUUUGUCAGCUCUUGUUCUAUCAUAUUCACCAAAAAGUGAACAGGCUUGGAGCCACAGGCGGUGGGUAAUCAAUAUGCUAUCUGGAAGAUGUUCAACUCUGCAAGAUAUAAUAGAGAGAGAAUCUGAGCUAGUGGAAAAAUUUGCCGAGAAGUCAAAAAUGAACUAUCGUGCUUGGAAUCAUCGAUGUUGGUUAGUUUCCUACAUGACAAGAGAACAGGUGCUACAUGAAUUGAAGAGAUCUAGAAAUUGGGCUGGGUUGCACAUUGCUGAUAAUUCUUGCUUUCAUUAUCGCAGAAAGUUAAUGCUUAGGAACUUUGAGGGUCUCCACCAUUUUCAAGAAAAUGAUUCUUUUGGUUACAGUGCCAAAGCUUAUCAAGUCUGGAAGGAAGAGCUUGAUUGGAAUGAAGCUUUGAUAAAACGCUAUGUUGGGAGAGAGGCUCUAUGGCUUCAUCGCCGUUUCCUCUGCUUGUAUUGGAUGAGAUAUCUUGCAGCCAAUCUCCUUGGUAUUUCAGGCCAGUCAGAACCAAGAUGCAGCAUAGAUAAUGACAUUAAAAGCUUUUUGGACCAUGAGUUUUGUCUCUUAGAUUCCUGUUCUACUGUUCCUGAUGAUGACUUUGAAGAUUUCCAAGCACAAGCAAUACAUUCUGCUUCCUACAUGCUGUGGUUAACCAAGCAUAUUCCUAAGUCUCAGGGGAUUGAUCUUCAAGAUAAGCUAUCAGACCUGCUAAGAGUGUUGAACAAGGUGUGCCCGGAAAGGUCCUCCCUUUGGGAUUAUUUGGUGAAGAACCAUUGUGAGUGACAGAACUAGACCUUAGCUUUCAUCGAUAUACUACAUUAAUUUUUCUCUUUUCUGUUGUUUGGAUUGGUUCUGUAUUUCAACUUUGUUGUAACUUACUUAUAUGUAACAUACUGUUUGCUUACAUGGAUGAGCUUCCCAGUUAAA